GAUUUAAACGUGGCCAGGGUCGAGGAGGCCGGUUUACUCAAGGUGCUGGUUAUCCCCCUAACCCGUUCCUGUGGGGAAUAGAAUAGGCGACGGAGAUAGAACCCUAGCGAAGAAAGAGAGAAGGAAGCGAAGCAAAGCAGAUCAAGGGGAGGGAGAAAACUAUAAGACAGAAGACCAUCGGAUUUGAGGAUGCGACCAACGCCGAUGGACUACUUCGCCGAGCUGGAGGUGCAGGAAGCUACGGUGGCGAUGGACGUCGACGACGUGGACCCGCUCGAGAUCUUCGGCGAGGGCGUCCUCCCUGUCGACAACAGGCUCGCCGACUCCGACUUCUUCAACAGCUUCGAGGACGAUUUCGACGACUCCGACAUCAACUGAUUCUGCAGUGUCUCGUUUCUCUCUGCUCCUCCCUUCGCAUAGCCUUUGGUGGUAUUAUGCCCGGUAUCUCAUGACGAUUACCUGUUAAUGAAAGUUGAACUGAUUGAUCAUAUUGUUCGCUUUUGCGCCUCCGUAUUGUUCAAUCGAUUCUGUGGUGAGACGACGGCCUGAUAGCUCUAGGUUUAGUACAAUUUGACUGGUGGUGAUAUGAUUGCGUCUAGCUUUUGCUUGCACAUGAGAUUUGCUGCUGCUAAUUUGCUUUUCUUUAAGUCAAAGCAGAGUCGUAAUUAGGCACGAUGAGAUUGAACCAGAGGUAUAUGCUAUGUCGAUGAUGCAUGAAGUGUGUUAGCGUGAUAGUGAUAGUGAUCACUGAUCAAUGUGGAUUUUGUCAGUGUAUUGAAUUCUUAGGGCUCCUCCCUUGUAAUGUUAACCUGGUGGUGUAUUGUCAGGGUCUCGCAAAUUUUCGCCGUGGUUGUUCUGA